AAAUCUUCACAGUCGGCAUUGACCGAAUCCUCCACCUUAAUCACGUCGGAACCAAUUCGGCGGCAGCCCGAUGAAGCCACUAAAUCUAAUCCAGACGAGGAGAGGCUUCAGCGAAGGAGCAGAACUAAGAGACCCUCGAGUUCAUCGGAAACUGUUGAUAAGGAAAAGAGGACGGUUCGGAAAAGAAUAGAAGACAGUCUCUCUGAUGAAAACUAUUCCUGGACAGAACUUGAUUUCCGUGAUAUUGAAAGAUCCUUGCCAGCUGAUGCACUGGAAUACGGUAGAAGUGGACAAGAUAGGAUAACAGAAAGGAUUUGGGACGAAAGGGUGAUUCGUCUUGCGCUGCUGUAUAGAGCGGCAGUAACGGGUGAAUGGGACGUUGCAGAAGACAUUUUCAAUCAAGAUACUGGAGCAAUCAUAUCUAGGAUCACCCUUUUGAGCGAGACUGCUCUUCAUGUAGCCGUCGGCACCGGAAACAAUUUGGAUUUUGUGGAAAAGCUUGUGGAACUUAUGUGUGAACGAUCGCUACCGCUCAAACUAAAAGAUUCAUAUGGAAAUACUGCACUUGCUGUUGCCGCCAUUGUUGGGAAUGUUAAGGCUGCAAAAAUCUUGGUUGGGAAAAAUAAGAAGCUGCCUUUGGUUAAGAAUAAAGUCAAUUACUCCCCUCUUCUUCUCGCAGCAAAAUAUGGGCAUAGGGAAAUGAUUUUGUAUCUUCUAUCAGUAACUAAGGAUGAAGCAGUGUUUACUGGUAAAGCUGGUGCUAGGCUUCUCAAUCUUCUCAUUACAUUUGAUUUCUAUGAUGUAGCUCUUGACAUAUUGAAUCGGCUGCCGAAGUUGGCCGUCGAACAGGAUCAAUAUGGGGUCACUGCUCUACAAACGUUGGCCGAAAAACUGACUGUGUUCGAGAGCGGAAGCCAGUUGGGGUUUUGUCGACGCUUACUUUAUCGAUGUUGGUUUACAAAUAUGUUAAUUUUAUGUUUGAACAUAUGUAAUUCCACCAUUGUAAACACCGUUUUAAUUGUUUCUAUAGGCCUUGUUGUUGAAGAAUGUGAUGCUCCUCUGCCCAACCAACUCAGAGAUGUCGAAAACCUGAAUCAAAUCUCAAACAAUGCAGGAGAGUUGCCACCAUCUGAUAGAAUCUCUGGUGCUGCUUUGCAAUUGCAGUGUGAACUACAAUGGUUCAAGGAAGUUGAAAGCUUAGUUCAACCCUCCUAUAAAAGUAUGAAAAAUAAAUAUGGCAGAACACCUAAGAUGGUAUUCAGUGAAAGGCAUAAAUACCUAGUUCAUCAAGGUGAGAAAUGGAUGAAGAUCGCUGCUUCAUCAUGCACUGUCGUUGCAGCACUGAUUGCAACGGUCGCAUUCACGGCAGUUUUCACUGUACCUGGUGGCAACAACAGCGAUCAAGGCAUACCAAUUCUCAUACAAAACAAAGCUUUCAUGGUUUUUGCAGCUGCAGAUGCAUUGGCAUUGAUCGCUUCGUCCGUUUCAGUAAUGAUGUUCUUGGAAAUACUCACUUCUCGUUAUGCAGAAGACGAUUUUCUCAAGGCGUUGCCUACUAGAUUGAUUAUGGGGCUCGUUUCGUUGUUCAUCUCUAUAUCUUCCAUGGUGGCAGCCUUUGUUCAUCAAGUGAAAUGGGUGUGGAUUCCAAUGAUAUUAUUUGCCUUCAUGCCUGUUAUCUUGUUUGCUAUGUCACAGUUUCCUCUCCUGGUUCAAAUGAUUUCUUCCACAUAUGGGCGCAGCAUUUUUGGUUUGCAAAGUGAGGAAGUAAUUCACUAGCAGAGGUUUAAGUACCACUGGUUGCCUUUCUUUUUCUUUUCUUUUUUAAAAUAGAAUCUUCCUUGAAUAGAAUGAA